AUGGAAGAAAUGGAAGGCACAGAGAUGAAGAUGGUCAGGUUUUCAAGUUGCCGUGGGGUGGCAUUUGAAAUCAAUCCAAACAGAAGCAACCCUUUUGCAAUUGGAUCACCAACAAAGCAAGAAGAGCGAAUUGGAACUAGGCUUUGGCUUCCUUGGACUCGAACCAAUUCAUUCAAAGUUCUUCCUCAACCUCAUAUAAUUAGUCCAACUAGGAGCAGGACGAGCAGUCACUUUUGUGACAUUGACAUUGAUGCAGAUGAUGUUGAGGUUGAGUUCAUAGCUGAAGUUCAAGAUUUCGAAAAACCAGAAAAAGCUAAUGGAGUUAAGGUACAAAAGCUACUUCCCAAAAGUGAUCCACCAAGGAGGUCAAGGCUAUCCAUAAUUCUGCUAGAUCAACGGUUCACAGUAUACAAAGGGCUAUUCAUAGUUUGCAUGACCUUGAAUGUGAUGGCACUGGCUCUUUCAGCUGAAGGGUAUUUCCCAUAUGGCAAAUCUAGAGCUACACUGUUCUCUAUUGGGAACAUUCUAGCUCUUACACUAUGUAGAAGUGAGGCAGUUUUGAGAGUUAUUUUCUGGUUAGCUGUGAAGACUAUUGGGAGGCCUUGUGUUUCUCUUAGGAUCAAAACUGCCAUCACUUCUUUCCUUCAAAGUGUUGGAGGAAUCCAUAGUGGUUGUGGUGUUUCUUCUAUAGCCUGGCUUGUUUAUUCUCUAGUUCUUACUUUGAAAAACAAAGACAAAACUUCCAUGGAGAUUAUUGUGGUUGCAUUCACCAUCCUCUCACUCAUUCUUCUCUCUUCCCUUGUUUGGUUAUUCGUUCUUCUCUCCACAAGUUAUGAACCUGCUUCACAUACCUAUAACUUGACCAUGUUUAAGGUGGUCAAGAAGCAAGAAUGUUGGUUCACUUUAACUAUCACAAUUCUCGUUGUCAUUCCUUGGCUGAGUGUUAGAAAGGUUCCGGUUAGUGUAUCAGCACCAUCAAGCCAUGCUUCAAUAAUUAAGUUUGAAGGUGGUGUUCAAGCAGGUUUACUAGGUAGAAUAAGUCCAUCACCCUUGUCAGAAUGGCAUGCCUUUGGGAUCAUAUCUGAUGGGAAGAAAGAGCAUAUGAUGCUUGCUGGUGCAGUUGGUGACUUCACCAAGUCUUUGAUUUCUACCCCACCAAAGCAUCUUUGGGUUCGCACCAUGCAUUUUGCUGGCUUACCUUACCUAGUGAAUUUGUAUCAAAGGGUGUUGUUGGUAGCCACAGGGUCAGGGAUUUGUGUGUUCUUGUCAUUUCUUUUGCAGCCAAGUCAAGAGAAAGUUAUAGUUCAUGACACAGCCAUUUCUGGUCGUCCCAAUGUAGCAGAAAUGAGUGUGAAUGCUGCUAUUAGGUGGAAUGUUGAAGUGGUUAUUGUUACUAGCAAUCCUGAAGGUAGUAGAGAUGUUCUUAGAGCAUGCAAGAGGGCUAAUAUCCCUGCCUUCGGCCCCAUUUGGGACUCCUGA